GAUUGGUGGCGUGGGGUGGUUUCACAUUGUGCAAUAAUGGCAGACCCAUUGAGCCUUCUAAGGCAGUAUAAUGUCAACAAAAAAGAGAUUAUUGAGCGAGAUAGUAAUAUCGUCUUUGGGGAAUUUUCGUUUCCGAAAUCAGUGAAUACGAACUAUCUGGUUUGGGGAUCCGGCAAAGAUGGCCAGACCAAGGAGUAUUACACCAUGGAGUGCCUGCUGUUCUUGCAAAAUGUGCACGUCACACAUCCAGUAUACGUGCGGCAGGCAGCGGCAGAGAAUAUCCCUGUGGUGCGCCGGCCAGACAGAAAAGAGCUGCUGUCUUACCUUAAUGGCGACACGUCCAGCUCGGCGAGCAUCGACAAGUCAGCUCCUCUGGAGAUCCCCACACAGGUGAAGCGCACCGCCGAGGACCAGGGCGAGGCCUCUGCCAAGAAGCCCAGGAUCGACGGCGACCUGCUGAAGGCCAAGAAGCAGCAGCUGGCCGCGCGCCUCGACGCCUCCAAGGAGACAUCUGUACGGCUCGACACGCUCAAAUCCCUCUCAGAGACGAUGUCUGUCGAGAAAAUUGCUGAAAUCAAGGCGAAACGAAUGGCCAACAAGCGGACAAGAAUCAAGGCAAACGACGACAUUGGCGUUGGCGGAGAGUUAAAAGGUAUGCUGGAGUUCGACAUUGACGUGACCAAGGACAUCAUCGGCCGGGAGCGACAGUGGCGGACCCGCACCACCAUCCUGCAGAGCACCGGCAAGAACUUCGCCAAGAACAUCUUCGGCCUGCUGCAGUCGCUGCGGGCGCGCGAGGAGGGUCGUCACAAGCCGUCGGGCCCGCCGGCGCCGGCGGCGGCCGCCGUCAGCGCGGCGCCGCCGCAGCGGCCGGCCGUGGCCCCCGCCCGGCCCAACCCCACCCCGUACAGUCGCUACGACCAGGAGCGCUUCCAGGGCAAGGAGGAGACGGAGGGCUUCAAGAUCGACACCAUGGGCACCUACCACGGCAUGACGCUUAAGUCGGUGACGGAGGGCUCGCAGCCGCGCAAGGCGCCGCCGCAGGCGUCGCAGUCCAACGUGCAGAUCCAGCGGGCGGCGGCCUCGCCCCAGAGCAGCAAGCGCGUCUCACGGACUCCCAUCAUCAUCAUCCCGGCCGCCCCCUCCUCCAUCAUCAGCAUGUACAACGUUAAGGAGCUGCUGCAGGACCUCAAGUACGUGUCGUCGGAGGAGAAACGAAAACAGGGCUUCAAGCGUGAGAACGACCUGCUGAUCCAGCGGCAGAAGGCGGCGGGCCAGACAGUGCCUUACCGCGUGAUCGACCACCCGUCGAAGCUGACCAACGCCGACUGGGACCGGGUGGUGGCUGUGUUCGUCAUGGGCCCCGCCUGGCAGUUCAAGGGCUGGCCCUGGGACGGCAACCCCGUCGAAAUCUUCACCAAAGUGCAGGCCUUCCACCUGAAGUGGGACGAGAUGAAGCUGGACAACAACGUGGCCAAGUGGGCCGUCACCGUGCUGAACCUCUCCAAGACAAAGCGCCACCUGGACCGGGCCACGCUCAUGACCAUCUGGGAGAAGCUCGACAAGUUCAUGAUCCGGUUCAAGCCGCACCUGCGGUUCUGAGUGCGCCCUGCCCUCCGCGCCCGCCGUCCGGGCGCCACCGGACCGGCCGACCGGCGCGCUGUGAUCCAGUGACGUCACGUCGCCGGACGGUGACGUCACCCACCAACGGUCGCCGA